AUGGGGGUACCUACCUUCUACAAAUGGCUAGUAACUAGGUAUCCAAAAAUCGCAAAAGCGGUAUAUGAAACUCGGGACAAUGAUGUAUAUAUAAGAAGAGCUAGAAUAAAUGAAAAUGGAGAGUUUUAUAAAGUGUGUGAUUUGGGGGCAUAUGUUAAUAAUACAGAUGAAAAUCAUUGUUCAGAUAAUGUAAAUGGUUAUUUUGAUAAUAUGUAUUUAGAUAUGAAUGGUAUAAUCCAUUUAUGUUCACAUGGUGAUGGUAGUAAAAAAGUAAAAACAGAUGAAGAAAUAUUUCUUAAUAUAUUUUUAUAUAUAGAAAGAUUAUUUGAUAUAAUUGAGCCCCAAAAACUUUUAUAUAUGGCUAUUGAUGGUGUUGCUCCAAAAGCUAAAAUGAAUCAACAAAGAAGUAGAAGAUUUAAAUCUAUAUUAGCAUCAGAGAUUGAAAAAAGAGCAUAUAUAGAACUUCGAAAUAAAUUUUUAUCAGAAAAUAGAAAUGUUCCUGAUGAAUUUCAUCAUUGGGAUAGUAAUAUUAUAACACCAGGUACCCAAUUUAUGCAUGAAUUAUCUGUUGCUUUAAAAUAUUUUAUUGAACAUAAAAUUACAAAUGAUGAAAAAUGGAAAAAAAUAGUUGUUAUAUUUUCUGACGCAAAUGUAUGUGGUGAAGGAGAACAUAAAAUUUAUAAUUUUAUAAAAUCUCAAAGAGCACAAAAAGGAUAUGAUCCUAAUACUAGACAUGUAAUACAUGGAAUGGAUGCUGAUUUAAUUAUGCUUUCAUUAGCUAGCCAUGAACCAUAUUUUUAUAUUUUAAGAGAAAUAAUUAACUUAGACCCAAAAGAAGAAAAUAAACCUCAGGUUAAAGAUAAAUAUGUUGGGGUAUUUAAAGGAAAAGGAGAUUUACAAUAUUGCACUAAAUUUUUAAGAAACAAUAAUAGUACUACUAUCGAUGGAAAUAAUAAUAAAGGAAAGAAAAAAUAUUGUAACAAAUAUGACGAUCGAAAUUAUGCCAAUAUAAAUAUUAGCUCUACUUGUUCAAUUAAUUAUGAAAAUUGGAAUGAAUUACAAAUUUUAGAUUUAAGUAUCUUGAGAGAAUAUUUAUAUAAAGAUUUUUUUUUCGAUACAAAAUAUAACUUAGAAAGAUGUAUUGACGAUUUUAUAUUUAUUUGUUUUUUAUGUGGAAAUGAUUUUUUACCUCAUUUACCUUCGAUAUCUAUAGCAUCAGGAAGUAUAGAUCAAUUAUUAUUAUUAUAUCAGAAAGUUUUGCCAGUUUUAGGUGAUUAUCUUAUUAAUGAAGGUUCUAUGAAUUUUCAGUCUUUUAUUAAAUUUAUAUCAUUUAUUGCUGAAGUAGAAAGGGAAACAUUUGUUUCACAAUAUGAUUUUAAAAAAAAAAGAGAAAAAAGAGAAUUACAAAAGGAUGCAUUUAAACGACCAAAAUGUCAAGAUGAUGAAAAAAAAAAUGAUAGAACAUCACAACAACAUGAACAAAUUUCCAAAAAAAAUGAUACAGAUAAUGGUAUAAUUAAUAAUUAUAAUGACAAUAAUACUUCAAAUCCAAAUGGAUUACCAUCUUAUGAUCUAAAUACAAAUCCAACCAUGUCAAAAAAAGCCAUGUAUGAAAAUAAAAUUCAAAGUAUGCAACCUAUACGAAAUUUUAAAUAUAAAGAAAAAAAAGGAGAAAAAAGUAUCAAUUUUCUUGUUCGAUCUACACCUUCAACAACUAUAGAAACUGAGGUAAACAAUAAUAUCCCAAUUUCAGAGAACAACAAAAUAUUACAUGAAGACAAAGAUGAAGAUAAUAUUCAUGAUAGUGCCAUCAUAAAUCAAGAGAUUUCCAAUAUCAAUUUUGAUGACGAUCAAAUUAAUAAUACACAUAAUAUUGAUAACAAUUUAGAUAAUGAUGAAAAUAAAGAAUCACAGAUUCAGGAAACUUUAGAUAUAAAUCCUGAUGAUAAAAUAUCUGAAGAAGAAUCACCCGAAAUGAAAAAAUUAAAUGAUAUAACUGAAUUUAAUUUAUUAUUAAAAGAAGCAGUUAAAAAAGCAAAUGAAUGUGAAAAUCCAAAAGAAGAUGUCGAAUUAGGAGCAGAUGAUGAUCCAAAUGAUUUAAGAACCAGAUAUUAUAAAUCUAAAUUUCAUUUAGAUGAAAGUGAUAAUGUUGAUGAAUUUGUUCAAGAAGUUGUUUAUAAAUAUAUUGAGGGUUUGGCAUGGGUAUUAUGUUAUUAUUUCCAAGAAUGUCCUAUGUGGCAUUGGUAUUACCCUUAUUAUUAUGCUCCUUUAUCUUCUGAUUUACUUAUUAAAGAUAUAAACAUAUCCUUUGAAAAAGAUGAGCCACUAUUACCUUUUGAACAAUUAUUGUGUGUUUUACCAUCAAAUUCUAGUCAUUGUUUACCUAAAAUGUAUAGAGAACUUAUGCUAAAAAAUGAAUCACCAAUUGUUGAUUUCUAUCCUAAAACAUUUAAAGAAGAAGAAAAUGGUAAAAAAUUUAAAUACCAAUGGAUUGUUUUAUUGCCAUUUGUUGAAAAGGAAAGAAUUAUUCGAUUUGCAAGAAAUUUAGAUGAUACAUUAACCGAUGAAGAAAAGAAAAGAAAUCGAAGGGGGUUAAAUAAAAUAUAUAUGAGUUCAACACAUACACUUUCAAAAAAAAUUACUACUUCAAUGAGAACAUACAUAAAAGAAAUAAAAGACAAGGAAAAAAAUGUGGAAGAAAUUGGAACAGAAAAUGGGGAAACCAAUGAACAAAAAAAGGAUGAAAAUGGAACAAGUACAGUCGAAUCAAAGGAUAAAAAAAAUAUAUAUGAAUUAUUUUUUAAAAAUAUGAAUCUAAAAAUACCAAUAGAUAAUAAUGAAAAUAUUAAUUUAUUUGGUUAUCUAAAUUGCAAACAUGAAGAUAGUGAUGUAAAUAUUCUUAAAAAAAUAUUUCGAUUUUCAUCCAAUUUUUCAACCACAUGUAAUAGUGCAUUUUUUAUUCAACCGGAAUAUAAAAAACAUAAAUCUACAAUAUUACCAAAUCAUAUUAUACCAAAAAGAGUAUUGACAGUAUUAGAUAUAAAUAACGAAGAAAGAAAGCUUAGAUUUAAUGCACCCGCUGCUAAAAGAAUGAUCUUAAAUAGUUUAAGUACAAAUCAUCCAGAAAUAUAUUCGUAUCCAAAACACAGAAAUAUGAAAAAUUCAAAUUUAUACCCAGAUCAUCAUAACCAAAAUAGAUAUCCAAAUGAUCACAUGCCAGGUAAUAAUCAAAAUUAUGGAAAUUAUAAUCCUAAGGAUUAUAAUUACAUUAAUAACUCUCGUACUUAUGAUCCUUAUUCAAAUUCACAAAAAAAUCAAGCAUAUCACUACACUCAAAAUCACUCAAAUUACAACAAUAAUUACCCUCCAUUAUCGCACAAUAAAAAUGCACCCUUAUAUGGCACCAACACCCAUUCACACGAUAAUAAAAAUGACAGCGACUACAAUAUGCACAAUGGCAACCGCAGUAUUCAAAAUCCUCACAAUUAUCACAAUAAUGGCAGAAAUUAUCACAAUAAUUAUGGGGGGCAAAGAAAUUCCUACAAUAAAGAUUUAGCACAUCAUGAUGGAUCAUAUAAUAAUUCUUAUAACCCAAAUUAUAACAAUAAUUACGGAAGAAAUAGAAAUGAUAAACCUCCUUCAACCAAUUUAUACAAUUCGGGUGGUAAUUAUCAUAGUAAUUAUAAAAAUAACAAUUAUAACUCUGGAGGAAAUAAUUACAAUAAUUAUAACCACUAUAAUAAUGAUGCAACUCAUCAUGCAAGAAAUUCCUUUAGACAUAACGAUGGAAAUUCCCGUACGGAGCCUAAAAAACCACAUUAUUAUAACAGAUCUAUGCCAUAUAAAGACAAGGAACAUUAA